UGUAAACUGUAUUUUCAGUAAGUAAUUCCCCUGUUUAAUCAUCCCUUAGAGUUUACUUUUGGGGGAAAUAAAGUGGUAAAAUUCAAAAAAUAAUUAUAAGUAAAUUGGAUCUUAGUUACAUUCCACAGGAGUAGUAGCUAAAGCUACUUGCUGAAUAAUUCAUGCAAUUGAUAUUAAAAUAAUAGGAAAUGCAUCGCUUCGGUCUUUUUUGUGAAUAUAUGUUUUUGCUAAAGACUUUGAGGCUUGAUUGUAGAAAAAAAACAUCUUGUUUGUAAUCAAAACUUUAACUCUGUUGACAGAAAUGUUCACUAAUUGAGUUCCAUUUCUUGGGAUAUUUUUGUUGAAGCAUGGCUACAAAUUCCGACGAAAUCUUGCCCCUUGAGAGAAUCAGAGGAACCAUCAUUCCCUCUCUCCUUGGCAGUCUCUCCAAUGCCAAAAUCUCCCUCUCUAACAGCCAAAGUGAUUAUGAGAUCGACAUGAGAUCGACAUGGCCACCCAAAUCGAAAAGUUACGGAGAGACCUCGUUUACAUCAGGCAGGCAUUCACCGGGCUCAAGAAUUUUGAAGAAAGCGCUAGCGCUCUUUUCAAGAUUCUCCUACAACCGCUGCACAGCCUCCACCAACUCUUGGAUCAGCCCACUCAAUUCCACAUCCAUGACUCGCGAGAGAAGCAAUUUCAAUCCAAGCUUCGGGUCCACAGUGAGAUAAUCAUCAAACUAAAACUCCUAAUUCCGUCCCAGCACCAAAUGGUGUUGAACAAGGCUAAUCCUUUGUCACUGACUGGCGUUGUGUUCGAUCCCAACAAAGUACUUGAUCAAUUGUCUGACUUACAUUUCAGUAAGGUUUUUGGAGAGAGCCCCACUUUUAAAGAUUUCCGGGUUGUAUAUAACAGUCUUUGUGUUACUACAAAGCUCUGCUUGUUGUGUUUUGCUGUGUUUCCAGCAAAUGAGGUUAUAAAGAAGGGGCUUCUGGUACAUUGGUGGAUUGGAGAAGGGUUCCUGAACCCUCCUGUUGAUGGCAAAGAGACGGUCGUGGAAAUUGCGGAUGGUGUAUUUGAAGAGUUAACAAAGAAGGGCUGCAUUGAACCUCUUUACAAGAAACGGAGAUCAGUUGUGCGUAGUUUUAAAAUGCACCCUCUUAUUCGUUCCGCAGUGAUUGUGAUUGCCAAAGAUGUGAGAUUCUUUGAUUUUGAUAGUAAAGGAAAUCCCACUGCCAACUUUUCAUGGUCUCACUGGGCUUGCUUGAUGAAUGGUUCUUCUCAUCUGACAUUGGCAAACAGACCCGAUUUGGAUCCAGAGAAGCUACAGACUAUAUUCAGUGUGAAUGAGGCUUAUCCAGAUUUUUCUGAAGUUGACUGGUCUAGGUUAAGGAAUGUGAAGGUUCUUUAUCUUGGAAGGUGGCACAGCAGAGCUAAUCAUCACAUUGAAGUAGAUGACGUUGAAUUCUUUAAAGGGUUGAGGUAUAUGAGACAUUUGAUUUUCUUCAGCCUACGAGGGAUAUCUAGGAUUAUGGAGCUUCCUGAUUCACUGUGCAAGCUUUCUAGUCUGAGGAUCUUGGAUCUUAGUGCAUGCCACAAUUUAGAAAUAUUUCCAGAGACAAUAGGCUUGCUUAAGAUGCUCACUCAUUUGGAUAUGUCUGAGUGUUACUUGCUGGAGCACAUGCCUAAGGGGAUUGCCUUGCUCUCAGAACUCCAAGUUCUUAAUGGAUUCAUAAUUUGUGCUCUUCAUGAUUUGUCCGCUUUGAAGAAGUUGAGGAAAUUGACAAUCAACACAAGCAGGGAGGAUUUUCCCAGAGAAGAAGAGCUAAUUGUUUUCCAUCAGUUUGGAUCGCUUCGAAAGCUAACAAUAGCAUGGGGAGGGUUGUACCUCCCAGCCAUCCAGCUGGAUAAACGUAUUAAGCUGAAGAAUAUUGCUGCUCAACGCACAACAUCAAACACUUUGAAGAGUAGUGGAGGUAACCAAACACAAGACAAUGCUGCACCAGAGCCAGCAACACCAACUGGCAUAAGAAACCAUUUCCGUAAAAUCCCUUCAAGUUUACCAGCCUUCAAGCGAAUCACUGGAACUACUACCAGGAAUCAGGAACAUUUUAAAGAACUAGAGAAGCUGGAUCUGCAGUGCUACCCUCAGAUGACAGCACCCAGUUGGUUGAUGCCUGGAAAGCUUAAGAGUCUAAAGAAACUCUACAGUAGAGGAGGGCAGCUCCAAAAUCUAGGUCAAGUUCACGAGAAUGACAAGUGGACAAUUAGGAUUUUACGUCUUAAGUUCUUGAGUGAAUUAAAGCUGGAUUGGAAUGAACUCCAGGUGUCAUUUCCAGACUUGAUAUAUUUGGAGAAAUAUAGAUGCCCUAAGCUCACUUUCUUCCCAUGCGAUGCGAGUGGCCCAUGGCUGAAGCCCUGAACUUGAACAAUGGAAUCAGCACUGGUGGAACUCUUGGUAUGUACAUCCAAGGAGUUAAAUUCAAGUGUUUACUCGAUUGAAGUACGUUGUCCAUUUUUGGCUAAAGUUGUGAGCCUUUUUUUGCUUCUUUGCUCAGAAAAUUUAAUUAUGUUUCAAGUCUGCAAUGCGAGAGAAGUUUGCUUUUUCAGUGAAAAACACUAAGAAAAUACUUUUCUCAUGCCUUUAGGUUCAGUGAAAUUUAAUCCUCCUCAAAAGUUGAAUGUCAAUUUUAUUCAAGCUAUUGAGAAAAUGCUUUUGUUGAAUAUUAUCAGGGGAAUUUAUAAAUUACAGACAAUCUGAUACUUAAUUGUCUGUGAAGACAAUCACAUGUCACUUUGAGUGGCCAAAAUAUGUAGUAGAAAGAGUAAAACAAUAUGUUUUUGGGACUACUUUGGACUUGGAAGUUUACUCCAACUUUAAGAGAACAUGGGAACAAAGGGUUCUAUUUUAACCUUUGGAGAGGGCUGGGCUUACAAUGGUAUUAAAAAUAUUUGGCUUUCGGAAGACUGCAGGGUUUACGCUUGAAGAGUCAAUACAAAGUCCUAGGGUUUUCAUCUGAAAAAUUUUAUGGGUUCAGAAUUUUUGUUCAUAUGGGUAAUAAUUUUUUCCAGUUGCUGUUGUGUGUUUACAUUUCUCACAUUUUCUUGUUCUGUGUGCACUUAUACAUUAAGGCCAUGUUUGGUGGGCCGGCUAGAAAAAGACUGGAUUGGACUUCAUAAUUUGAACUGGACUAGUUGAGACUGGAUUAGACUGAGUAUGUUGUUUGGUGCUAUAAUUAUUAUCAGAUUUUUUAAAGUGUCUUUUCUGUAAGUGGUUCUACAAUUUUUCAGUUUUUGGAUGAAAAUCCACAGUUGUGGGAAACAAAGUUCAAAAGAUUUCAUUUCUCUGUGAUCGAGAAGCAAGGCGAAGAUGGAGAUAUCAACGGCUGCAAAGAUGAACUUUUCUUCAGAGAUCUGUACUCCUACACCAGGCAUUUUCCUAAAGAGCACGAUCGGUCUUUGGAAAUCCAUGGAUCAUAUAGUCUUCCUAAAGGUUUUGAAAGUGUCCUGCAGCAUGCCGAUUAUAUAUCCUUGGUUGAUAAUGACCGUAUAAGUUGCCUAUCUGAAAUAGGUGCUGAUAAUGUGAAGGUAAUGAAAGGCUGUUGGAUUGAGAGAUGCAGUGAAAUUAAGAGCAUUCUUCGUGGAGAAGAGGCAGAUGUCAGACUGGGGAGCAGUUUAGAGAUUCUUUGGAUUUCAAACCUUCCAAAGUUGAGCAGUCUAUACAAUGGGAAAGAGGAUCUGGAGUGCUUUAAGAACCUUAAACAUUUGUAUCUAGAUUGCUGUCCAAUGAUUGUGAGUGCCUUUCCCUCAUCCCAGCUGCUAGAAAACCUCGAAAUUUUCCAUGUUCAAUUUUGUGAGAGAUUGACAACUUUGUUUGAAAGUGAUUCACCAUCUGGAUCUACAUUGAAAAAGUUGAGGACGUUGUAUCUGUUGGAACUGCCAGAGUUGACGCGCAUUGGGAUAAAAUUGCAAGCUCCGGUGACUUUGGAAGUUAUGGAAUGCCCUAAGUUGUCCAAGGACCAUCUUGAUGUGGAUAACCGUUUCUCCAAGUAAUUCUAUUGAUUACUGCCCAUGAAGAUGUUUCUGAAGUUUCUCAAGCUCAGCUAUGGAAAUUGGUGUCUGGUCAUGUUGUUGGCUCACUCUCAAUACAGUUAUCUGCAGGCCACCUGAUUGAAGUACGUUGUCCAUUUUUGGCUAAUGUUGUGAGCCUUUUUUUGCUUCUUUACUCAGAAAAUUUAAUUAUGUUUCAAGUCUGCAAUGCGAGAGAAGUUUGCUUAGUUCAGUGAAAACACUAAGAAAAUACUUUUCUCAUGCCUUUAGGUUCAGUGAAAUUUAAUCUAACUCAAAAGUUGAAUGUCACUUUUAUUCAAGCUAUUGAGAAAAUGCUUUUGUUAAAUAUUAUCAGGGGAAUUUAUAAAUUACAGACAAUCUGAUAAUUGUCUGUGAAGACAAUCACAUGUCACUUUGAGUGGCCAAAAUAUGUAGUAGAAAUAGUAAAACAAUAUGUUUUUGGGACUACUUUGGACUUGGAAGUUUACUCCAACUUUAAGAGACAUGGGAACAAAGGGUUCUAUUUUAACCAUUGGAGAGGGCUGGGCUUACAAUGGUAUUAAAAAUAUUUGGCUUUCGGAAGACUGCAGGGUUUACGCUUGAAGAGUCAAUACAAAGUCCUAGGGUUUUCAUCUGAAAAAUUUUAUGGGUUCAGAAUUUUUGUUCAUAUGGGUAAUAAUUUUUUCCAGUUGCUGUUGUGUGUUUACAUUUCUCACAUUUUCUUGUUCUGUGUGCACUUAUACAUUAAGGCCAUGUUUGGUGGGCCGGCUAGAAGAAGACUGGAUUGGACUUCAUAAUUUGAACUGGACUAGUUGAGACUGGAUUAGAUUGUUUGGUGCUAUAAUUAUUAUCAGAUUUUUUAAAGUGUCUUUUCUUUAUGAGAUUAAAAACUAUAUAUUUUUCCCAUAAUGAACAAAAUUAUAGUCUAGCAAAAGAGAAGUACAAAAAUAUAAAUUGAAACAAAAGAAAAAAAUCGAUAGUAUGAACCUAUGAAAUUUGAAAGAUUCACCACAAGAACAUAUGAACAUUUUGAAAAAAUAAUAAAAAUUAACGCACAAACGAAAACUGGGUUCCAGAUCGGACGAAAAAUUAAAGCAAUUUGAAAGAUGUUAAUGGGUUCCACAUCUGAAAAUUUUCAAAGGAAUAAAAAACAAGAUUGAAGAGAAUACACGAAAACCAAGAUAAAAACUCAGGACCAUACAAUUGGCCGAAAAUUGUUUUAGCAGAAGAGGCGAAGCAGAUCAAGAAAUGGGCAGAAGAACGAAGCAGAAAUGCGAGUAGAAGAACAAAAGAACAGAGCAUUGGGACACAACAGAAAAUGGGCUUCAAUUUAUGGAGUUAAAAACCAUAGCUUUCGACAUCUGAAUUUCAGAGAAAAAUAAAAUAAAAUAUCAAGUCCAGUCCUUUGUGUCCAUUUUAAUUGAAUGUAUUCAAUUCAGUUCGGCCCACCAAACAAGCCUAAGGCUCCUUUCU